UCUGGUUUCUCCUUCUUUCCUCUUAAUUUCUCUCCCAUGAAAUAUCAACUUGUUCGUGCAUCUAAGUCUCCGAACAUUUGGAGGCCAUUCGAACCUUCAGGGGUCCCAAGCAUCACGUGCAGUCAUGGCUGAGCCAUCCACUACCCCCCACCGUCGCUGUCUUGGAGAGGAGCAAGCCAACACCUCAUCGUCUUGUUCCACCUCUUCACCGUCCUUAUCAACCAUAUCACAUUCCUUCAACACAACCACUCGCACAUCGCUGUCGGACCCAUAUUCAUCGGUUGGGUCGAAGUACGAUUAUGCUAGCCAGUAUCGCCGUCUUGAAGUACAAGACGGCGAUAUAAUCCGCGUUAUCGAAUCCAUUCGACAAUGUGAGCGUCGUCACUGGCUACACCAUGAUGAGGUGCUGUUCCCAGAUGAGAAAGAUGAUACUGCCCACUGGCAAUGCCACAACGUCGCUGUUGCCAAGACGCCGUCGAAGCGAAGGCUUCCACGAGACAGUCGAUGGUCGGCAAAACCCGUGCCGAAGCCUGUCAUCGUGCAGGGUAACGACCAAAAUGGUUCGGCUGACAGUGCUGAAAUCUUAGAAGGGUUUGACGUGUCGCCGAUUCAGAGAUUGGAGGUGCCGCCAACGCCAAGGAUUCAGAGGCUGCCCACUCCAGACUUCGACAACCAACGAACACAGCGACACGACUUGUGCAACUGCUACACAAGUAGAUAUUCCGUCGAAGAUGACCAUCUUCUAUGCCAGCGAAAAUACGCUUGACAGUUGCGUACCAGUUUUCGUGAAGUGGCUGAGUUGUCAGUCACGUGACGGAUGACGGAAAUGGAAAGCGGGAAAUAUGAGUUGGAGCUUUUGUGGCUGGCGAUGAUGACUCGGGAAUGAGGGCGGCUGUUAUGAAAAGUCCC